AUGCAGGUGUCCCCAACGGUUCAAGUUCUUUGUGCCUCGUGGGCCUUGGUCGGCAUCCCGAUGGUGAUAUGUGCUGGAGUUGGAGUGCUCUACCAUGUUGACCACUUGCUAAGGGCAUUCUUUUGGUAUUUGCUCUUCAGCCUUCCACUUGGCAUUGCCGUGCCCACAUGGCUGCUUGCCUCGGGAAAGGUCUGCAGCAGCGUGGUUGAGGAUGAAGUUCAGCGAUUGGGCCCUGCCUUCGUUUGCGGUUUCACGGAGAGCUUCGUGUUCAUGUGGAUGAUGGUUGCCGGUCUUGUGCAAUGCUACCUGGUGUAUGUGGUGUGGUCAGCUGCAGCAGAGAUCAGCAAGAUCCCAAACAACUCUGUGGCUUUAACAGCGUAUGCCAACAAGUUGCAGUUUCUGGCCAGCAUGGGCUUGUCGCAGAUGGAUUCGAAGUCAGUGCCUGUGCUGAAUCCUGGUUACAAUCCGUUCUCUUCGCUACUGUCAGAAGGUUCUCGAAGCUACGGCGCUGCUUCACACCCAGCAGAUGCAGAAGGUGCUGCAACGGGACGAAGUGCUCGCAGUGCUCGCAGCGCUCACAGCGCUGUGAGUGCGCGCAGUACUGGAGGCGGAGGCAGCCUGAGUAAUCCACAAAGCUUCUUCCCUACGCCAGCCAGCAACUUCAAAUCUGAAGUGGCCAAGGAUCCGCAUGAGCCAGCUCCCCAAGAGCCGCAGCAAGACGCAGCAGAGUCAGAAACGCCAAGCAAGGCAAAGAGUCCAGAUUCAGCGGCUCCAGGUGCACCGCAGAGCUUCUUCCCCACACCACCAAGCAACAUGGAUUUCAAGUCUACUGCAUGA